ACAAGGAUGGGGGUGGGUGUCCCUGGGUGUGGACAGAGAGCUAGUGAGACAAGACCAUGACAAGUCACUGGCCAGCUCAGCCAGUGUUUGUGUUUCUCUUUUCUUAGCUCAGUGAGUACUGGGUAUGUGUCACCCUGCCAAAUCCCUGAUCACAAGUCUCCAUGAACUGGCGGUGAGCUGGGAUAAUAAAACCCCUGACAUCACCAUUCCAGAAGCUUCACAAGACUGCAUAUAUAAGGGGCUGGCUGUAACUGCCGCUGAAGGAGCUGAGCAGCCCACGGACCCUCCAGUCAUCUAGCCACCAUGGACAUCGCCAUCCACCACCCCUGGAUUCGUCGGCCCUUCUUCCCUUUCCACUCCCCCAGCCGCCUCUUUGACCAGUUCUUCGGGGAGCACCUGUUGGAGUCUGACCUCUUCUCGACGGCCACUUCUCUGAGCCCCUUCUACCUUCGGCCACCCUCCUUCCUUCGAGCACCCAGCUGGAUCGACACUGGACUCUCGGAGAUGCGUAUGGAGAAGGACAGAUUCUCCGUCAACCUGGACGUGAAGCACUUCUCCCCAGAGGAACUGAAAGUCAAGGUGCUGGGAGAUGUGAUUGAGGUGCAUGGGAAGCACGAAGAACGCCAGGAUGAACACGGAUUCAUCUCUAGGGAGUUCCACAGGAAGUACCGGAUCCCGGCUGAUGUGGAUCCUCUCACCAUUACUUCCUCCCUGUCAUCUGAUGGGGUCCUCACUGUGAAUGGACCAAGGAAACAGGCCUCUGGCCCUGAGCGUACCAUUCCCAUCACCCGUGAAGACAAGCCUGCUGUCACAGCCGCCCCUAAGAAGUAGACGCCCUUUCUCUCAUUGCGUUUUUUAAAACUCGAAAGUUUCCCAUCAGUGAACGAAAAUCUGUGACUAGUGCUGAAGCUUAUUAAUGCUAAGGGCCCAGAUUAUUAAGCUAAUAAAAUAUCAUUCAGCAACAGA